AUGGCCUACAGCCGGCAGGAAGGGAAGGAUCGAAGCAUAUUUGUAACCAAAGACCGUGAAACUCCAAGGAACGCGGAGCUGGUGGCCGACGACUCCAAUGAUCCGUCCGAGGAGCACGGACUGAUCCUGCCCAACGGAGACAACAUCAGCUGGAACAGCCCGUGCCUCGGGGGGACGGCCAGCGGCCCGCGCGGGGAACAGUUCAGGGCGGCCUUUUCCUGCUUCCACUGCAGCACAGAGGAUGCCAAGGGGUCGGACUGUGUAGACCAGCUCCGCGCCAUGCAGGAGCGCAUGCAGAAGUACCUGGACCUCUAUCCCCAGGAGAAAGAGGAGAAGCCAGCGGAUCGAUUAGAGGAAACGGCUGCCUCUGAGGCCACCGUAACCAGAGAAAAGGAGGGGUCCAGCUAA